AUGACUAGAACAGACGGUAGACCCUACGUCGCCACUCUUCGCCUUCGGGGCUCAUCCCCAUAUGAAAUCGGCCUUCAACAUGGGCAGCAGGCCAAGGAACAAAUCUACAAUAACAUCAGUACUUACGGUGCGUUUUUUGACGAAACCGCGGGCUUGCAUAGUUGGGAAGACGUGAAGAAGCGCGCAACGAUCUUUAUUCCGACACUCGAGAGGUUAUACCCGGAGAUUUUGAAGGAAAUCCAAGGCAUUGCAGACGGGGCACAGCUCGACCGAGAAGAUAUCCUUGCCUUGAACGUGAGAAGUGAAAUUGCCUUGACGAACUAUGACAACUCACCUAAAGAAGAAGGAGAGAAAGAAAAAUUACCCCCAGCAAUAACGGAUGGGUGUACCGCAAUCGCGCAACGCUCGCAGGAUGGGCCAACCCUGGUUCUGGCGCAAAACUGGGAUUGGAUAGAAGAAUUACAAAAUGGAAUGGUCAUUUUGGAUAUCAUCACACCGGAUGGGAAAACGCGUCUGCAGUUCCUCAAUGAGGCCGGCUUAGUGGGUAAAAUCGGCCUCAACUCACAUGGAGUUGGUAUUUGUAUGAACGCGAUUCGCUGUGGUGCACUUGCCACUAAUCGUUUACCAACGCAUAUUAUGGCUCGACGUGUCUUGCAGUAUGCGAAAACUUUUGAUGAAGCCGUGAAAAUGCUUGACGAGUUCGGCGGAGCUUGUACCUUCAAUUUGGUCGUGGCGGAUGUGCAGGGCAAAUUUGGCAGUGUCGAGAUUUCGCCGAAUGGAGUUUCUAUUAUCAGUCCCCCGGAAGAUAACGAUACUAGCAAGGUCCCUGGAAAGGGACCUCUCUUUGUAGCACAUACAAACCAUAUCAUAACACCACCUACCGACUUCUCUCGCGGACCUAUAUACGACCGACCGGCACCAAACUCGUUCACCCGUCUUGAGCGAAUGUCCGAGCUCACUUGGAUUGAUCUUCAGGGGGGUAGCAGUGUCACGCUGGAGUCAGUCAAUGAACGACUAAAAGAUCAGCAGGGCACACCAUAUAGUAUCUGCCGUGACAGACCUCCCGGUGCAAAGGGAAUGGAGAAAAUGACAACGCUGGCCACUGUGUUGAUGGAGUUUAAUACCGCGACGAGAAAAAUUAUGCAAAGUCACAUUACGGUUGGUCGGCCAUGUGAGGAGGGCAUACAGAAGAUAGAUAUGGAUUUUUAG